AUGUAUAAUCAAUAUAAUCAACAACAUAAUCAACAACAGCCACAACAAUAUAAUCCACAACAACAACAACAACAAUUUUAUAACCAACAGCAGCAACAGCAACAACAACAACAGUUCUAUAAUCAACAGCAACAACAACAAUACUAUCAGCAACAACAACAAAAUCCACAAAAUAAUCAGUUUUUCCAACAACAGCAACAACAACCACAAAACAAUGAAAUAUAUAAUCAAAUGAUGCAGAGACAACAAUAUCAACAGCAGAUGAUGUAUCAACAGAAUCCUAAUGCUAUGAUGUAUGGUCAGAAUAUGAUGUAUUAUCAACAGCAGCAACAACAACCAAGUAUGUUUGAUAACUUCUUACCACAAGUACAGCAACAACAGCAGCAACAACAACAACAGCAACAACAAAAGAGUAAACAAGAACAACUCUUACAAUUCUUCCCAGAGUUGGCUGCUGGUGCUUCAAAUAACAAUAAUAAUAAUAAUAAUAACAUUCAAUCACAAGAUGGAUUACUGCAACCACUACCAGCAAAUGCACAGAGAACAGGUGCACCACCAAGAGCAGGAAUGCCAAAUUACGAUAUUCUUAGAGAGAUGGUCGAUGCUGAUACAUCGCCAGCACAGCCAUCGCCAGACAGCAACAGUAUCUUGGCCAAUGAAAUACUUGCAAAGAGUCCAAUGAAUUCUGUCGAUAGGAAUCAAAUUGCAGGUGGUACUAGUAGUGGUGGUGGUGGUUCAUUAUCAAAGCAACAACAACAACAACAGCAACAUUUACAAUCACAACCACAUGGAUUUGGUGGAGUAUCAUCUCCAAUGUUCCCACAACAACAACAACAACAUGGUGGAAUAAUGGGUAAUCAAUCACCAACGACAGCUAAUCAAUCAUCAUUUAACUCUAUGCUACAACAACAACAACAACAACCUCAACAACCACAUUUUGGACAAUUUAACCAACAACAACAAUUACAUCAUCAACAUCAACAACAACAUCAGCAACAUUUCGGUUAUCCACAUGGUCAACAUCAGCAACCACAACAGCAACUAAAUAAUGUUGGUAAUAGUACAUUUAACUCGAUGUUACAGCAACAAUCGUUUGGUAAUAUGACAAGUGCAGCAGCCAACGAGUUUGGAGAAUUUGGAAGUUUUGAAUCUUCAGAGUUUGAAAGUGCUGCAAUAAGUAGUAGUAAUAACAAUAAUAAUAGUUUUAAUAUGAAUAAUGGCAGUGUUGGAAAGACUUCAUUAGAACAAUCACAAUCACAAUCAAAAUCAUCGUCAGUCACUAAACCAAUUGUAAUGCCAUCGAUGCCAGGAAUGCCACAAUUACCACAACAAACAACAACAACAACGACAUCAUUAUCAGCAGGAGGAUCUGUAACUCAACAACAAACAUCAACACCACCUGCAGCUGUUGAAGACGAUGGAAAGAUUGAUUUACAAAAGUUGAUGCAGGAAUCACUUAGAUUAGCUGGUAUAAAGAAAGAUCCAUCAUCAAUAACAGCAACAACAACAUCAUCAUCUGUAUCUAAUACAACAAGUGGUGGUGGUGGAUUCUGGUCGAAUUCUGACAACUACAAAAAGAUAUUUGAUAACGUCGAGAAAGAGGUUGACUUUUUCUCUGUUCCAGAUGCAACAACCACAGUCACAACCUCUGUAGUAGCACCAACUAAUUUAACUGCCAAUUUAUUAUCAACAACAACAACAACAACUUCAACGACAACAACAACAGCAAAAGUAACAACAACAGUUGCAGACGAAUUUGGUGAUUUCGAAGAUUCAGUUAAUGAUGUCGCUAGUUUUGAACAACCAACACCAGCUGUAGUUACUCCUACUCAACAACAGGAUAUUAAAGAGAAUGUAUUGAAUCUAAGUAACCAAUUUAAGAAAGCAACUGCCGAUGUGUUCCAAGAGAAUAAAUCAUACAACUCUGUGAUGCCAGAUAUGUUUGCAGAUACUCUUUCACCACCUAUGACUCAACCGAAUCUUAAAGAGCUAGUUCCUAAUCCAAUUCCACCCAUUUCACCAUCGAUUCCAACAGCAACAACAGCUACAACUAUUAUUCCACCAUCUAUACCACCAGUAAAAUCAACUACACCAACCAUUCCAUUGCCACAAAUUAAAUCACCGAGUGGAAUGUCACCGAUCAUCGUUCCACUUCCCAAAUCCGCUUCUUCUACACCACCUCCCAUUCGUCUUCCAACAGAGAGUUCUUCCUCAUUAUCAUCAUCACCAAACGUUCCAAAGAAAGUAGUUCAACCACCACCACCAGCUGCACCAACAACUAAUCUAUUUGAUGACGAUACAUUCUUUACAACCAUUACAGUGCCUGUUACAUCAACUGCCACACAAACCAACAACGCUUUAGAUACAUUGAUUCCUUCAUCAUCUAACUCCUCUUCACUAUCAAAAGACAAAUCAACAUUGUUACAACCAACAACAACAGCAACAACGACGACAACAAUAACAUUGCAACCUGUUGCUUCUACACCAUCCAAUGAGGAAUUCGAUGAAUUUGAAGGAUUCUCUGAUUUCAAAUCCAGUGAUAAUCCUGAGUUGGAUGUUGUUGCAAAUACACUUACUCCAACAACUUUACUUACUCCAUCAGCAUCUACAUCUACCAACUCAACACUAAUACCAACAACAACAUCAUCAUCAACCACAACACUUACACCAAAUAAUAAUACAAUCACACCAAUCAAUUCAAUACCACUAACCAAAACAACAACAACAUCAUCAUCAGCAUUUGAUUUCGAUGACUUUUUGAAACCAUCCAACACUACCUCUGUUCUAACACCAUCUACUUCUUCAUCAUCUACAAUAAUAGCUACUACUACUACAACACAAAAACCAUCUACAUUAUCAACUGAUUUCGAUUUCGGAGAUUUCGAUGUAAUUUCACCUGCUUCAUCAACAUCUAAAUCACAAGUAAAGAGUGAUGCCAAAGUAAUAUUAACCGAUGACAUCUUAACACCGACACCAUCAGCCUCAUCUUCCACCAAAGCUCAUACACCAAUCACCCAAAACAACAAUAGCGUCUCAAUACCAACACCCAAUCAAAGUUUAUUGCUAGACAUUCUCUCACAAUUGAUAUCUCAAGAGAGAUUAGAAGAGGCUAUAGAUUGUCAAAAACAAAUCAAAGAAUAUGAUAGUAGUAAAAAAGAAUUAGAUCAACAAGUUCAAAACAAGAUUGUUCAAUGGACUGAUGCACCACCAGCCAAUCAUUCGACUAUUGUUCAAAUGAAGCAAUCAUUAAGAGUAAAGAACAUUCCAAAUGAAACAAUCGAUACCUUUUUCUCACAGUUUGACCAUCAACCACUGUCAUCAAUGGCCAACACUGAUCUCAUGGUUGCUUAUGAACUUCAACAAAAGUCAAAAACACUUGUUCAGUAA